GGGGUGGGAGGGGGCAGCAGGCGGGGCCUGCCACGUCACUCCGGGAGUGUGUGUUGGGAGAGAAGGACAGAGCAGAGAGCCGAGCCGCUGCCGCUGCAGCUGCGGUGGCUGCAGUCAAGGCUUGAGCGGUGGGGAGGUGGGUCCCCGCGCUCCGGCGCCGGGGCAGCCCAGGGCCCUCUCGGAGGCCUGAGGGCAGACCCACAGGGAGGAGGUGGCGGCUGUGGCGCGGGAACGGCGACCUUGGCUGGACGGAGCCAGCCCGCGGUGGACGUUGGGCGAGGCCGAGCCCCGCCAGGAGUCUUUGCGGAGCCGGAGGGGGAGGCGCAUCUGGCGCUUGGGUUCCCGCGGCAGUGGCGGGGCUGAGCUGUUGGAGGCGCGCAGUGGGAGCCGGGGAGUGCUAACCCUGCGUCCAGAAGCCCAGUCUCAGGCACGGAGGUGAGGGGGUGAAGCGCCGUCUUUUCGGGCACCCGGUGUCACACGCGCCAGUGUGCGAUUUCAGGUAUCCCAGUAAGCUCCAGCCCCAGGCGCGGACCGCUGGAGGCGCGGGGCCAAUCCUCUGCGCCCAGGGCACCUCCCCGGACCUACCCUUGCAGGGACCAGGGGUUCAGGGCUCACGGAUCCCACCGCAGGUCAGCCCGCCAGCUCGGAGGACCGCGGGCCCCACCCUAGACAGAGGGCGCCGCCGGCGCUGGGAAGCGCUGCCGCUCCAGAGGUGGCAUCGGGGGCGCUGUUGCCGUGGCGGGGAGCGCACCGCGGAGAGGACAUGAGAUCGGAGAAAUCCCUGACGCUGGCGGCGCCGGGGGAGGUCCGCGGGCCGGAGGGCGAGCAACAGGAUGCGGGAGACUUCCCGGAGGCUGGCGCGGGCGAGGGCUGCUGUAGCAGCGAGCGGCUGGUGAUCAACAUCUCCGGGCUGCGCUUCGAGACUCAACUGCGCACCCUGUCGCUGUUUCCCGACACGCUGCUGGGGGACCCUGGCCGCCGCGUCCGCUUCUUCGACCCGCUGAGGAACGAGUACUUCUUCGACCGCAACCGGCCCAGCUUCGACGCCAUCCUCUACUACUACCAGUCGGGGGGCCGGCUGCGGAGGCCGGUCAACGUGCCCCUGGACAUCUUCCUGGAGGAGAUCCGCUUCUACCAGCUGGGGGACGAGGCCCUGGCCGCCUUCCGGGAGGACGAGGGCUGCCUUCCCGAGGGCGGCGAGGACGAGAAGCCUCUGCCCUCCCAGCCCUUCCAGCGCCAGGUGUGGCUGCUCUUCGAGUACCCGGAGAGCUCGGGGCCCGCCAGGGGCAUCGCCAUCGUCUCGGUGUUGGUCAUCCUCAUCUCCAUCGUCAUCUUCUGCCUGGAGACGCUGCCCCAGUUCCGUGCAGAUGGUCGAGGCGGUAGCAAUGGUGGCGGUGUGAGCAGAGUCUCCUCAAUUUCCAGGGGGAGUCAGGAGGAAGACGAGGAGGAAGACGAUGCCUAUACCUUCCAUCCUGGCAUCCCCCCCGGGGGAGUGGGCCCCUCCUCACUAAGCGCUCUCGGGGGCUCCUUCUUUACCGACCCCUUCUUCCUGGUGGAGACCCUGUGCAUCGUUUGGUUCACGUUUGAGCUGCUGGUGCGUUUCUCCGCCUGCCCCAGCAAGCCCGCCUUCUUCCGCAACAUCAUGAACAUCAUCGACUUGGUGGCCAUCUUCCCCUACUUCAUCACCUUGGGCACGGAGCUGGUGCAGCCACAGGAGCAGCAGUCAGCCAGCGGAGGGGGUGGCCAGAACGGGCAGCAGGCCAUGUCCCUGGCCAUCCUCCGCGUGAUCCGUCUGGUGCGGGUGUUCCGCAUCUUCAAGCUCUCCCGCCACUCCAAGGGGCUGCAGAUCCUGGGCAAGACCCUGCAGGCCUCCAUGCGGGAGCUGGGCCUGCUCAUCUUCUUCCUCUUCAUCGGAGUCAUCCUCUUCUCCAGCGCUGUCUACUUCGCAGAGGCUGACGAUGAUGAUUCGCUCUUUCCCAGCAUCCCAGAUGCCUUCUGGUGGGCAGUGGUUACAAUGACCACAGUAGGUUAUGGGGACAUGUACCCCAUGACCGUCGGAGGCAAGAUUGUGGGCUCACUCUGUGCCAUCGCUGGGGUCCUCACCAUCGCCCUACCAGUGCCCGUCAUUGUCUCCAACUUCAACUACUUCUACCACCGGGAGACCGAGCAGGAGGAGCAAGGCCAGUACACCCACGUCACGUGUGGGCAGCCUGCGCCGGACCUGAAGGUGGCCGACGGUGGACUUGGCAAGCCUGAAUUCUCUGAGGCUGCCCGGGAGCGGAGACCCAGCUACCUUCCCACUCCACAUCGGAUGUAUGCAGAGAAAAGGAUGCUCACUGAGGUCUGACUGAUGCAGGCAGGUUCUACACGAGAAGGGUGACACUGAGCAAAUAAUUUCUUAGGCUGCCUUCUCGUUUUCCAUGACUCUCACCUGAGCUCUGGUUGGCUCCCUGACUCCUUCCCUUACCCUAGUGCAUGGCGUCCAGGACCAAACACCUGGACUGUCAACCUUGUUACUUGGGCCCCUGCAGCAUUCAAGUUUUAGCCAUCUAAGUGAUAUUUUUGAAAUUCUAAUGGUGCCACCCAUUCAUGCCAUCUUCUGUUAUGUGGAUGAGAUUUCUGUCUGACUUUCCUUCAAGAUUCUGGUUUUUUCAUGUCUGAGACUUCUAACAGCUGUAGGUACAGAGAUGCCAAUAGGAUGGAAACCAGGUUAUUCCUGGGUCUCUUUUCUCUCCUCAGUGCCCUUUGCUUUGGGGCAUGCACCUGUCUUAACUUCUGGCCAGGCGGUACCUGGCAGAAGCUGGAGGACAGAGACAGGACUCAUCUUGCUGUUUUAUUCCAGGGCCCUGUAACACCUGCUGGUCAUCCUGUAGAAGACCCAUUAGAUGCACAGUCUCAAGUGGAAUUAGAGAAACUGCAAUUAAACUUGGCCAUUUGGAGGACGUUAGUGUGAGUCCCGGACCAAAGGGGCCGAUGUUUUCUCCCAGGUGUGUUCUGGCACAGUAGACACCAGGCUUUGGUCUACAUUUAGUGCCCCCGAUGCUGAGCCCCUGACUCUCUUUCCCUUCCAGGAAGGUUCUUUCUCAGAUCCAAAUGCUCGGUGUGCACGUGCCUUCCUGUGCAGAGGGACUAGCAAAAGGCAACCACAGAGCCGGGAGAAAUGGCCGAAUAGAGUCAGGCAGCUGGCAUGUCCAUGUCAUCUGAAGAGAGGUGGCACUUAAACAGAUGCUGUCAUCUCAGAGGGGCAGUGGACUGUUGUUACAGAUGGCAAGUUUCUCUCCCUCGCUUCCCCGCAACCUCUCUAGCCCUCCACCCUUCUUCUUGGGAAUUUGAUUUAGAACAGUUGAAGGCUUUCUAAAACCAACUCCAGCUUAGACCUGCAGACAGGUAAAGCACACAUUGGAUGCUAGUGCGGGUGUCUUCCCAUCUUGUUGGGAAUGGAAUAGCUGGUUUAGAGUAAGGAGGAAGCCUUAUGUCUUUGCUGACAACCACACAAUUAGAGGUUUUUGGCCGAGUCAAGCAAACACUCGCCUGCUCUGCCCCUCAGAGCUGCAGCCGACUUGCUCUAACUGGUAAGGUAACUUGGUGGUGUCACCACCACCUGGACUAAGCCAUCUCCUGCCAUCGUGAAAUCCCUGCCUUCCAUCACACUGCCCACUUCCCCUCACUUCCCUCCUGGUAACACCGUCAUUUGUUUGUUGCCUUGAUAAACUGUGAUGUACUGUUCUGAGCUCUUUUGGGUACAGUUCAGAAACCAAAAGGACUGUUAACAUAUUUUUAAUUUUAUAUCUAUGCUUUAAGACUCUUGGAUAAGAUUUUUUUUUCUAAAUUAUUUUCUUGAAGAGCAACUUAGGAGGGGUGGUCUUUUGAGGGUUUUCUUGAGAUACUACAGCUCUGUGAGUGCCAGAUCUCAGUCUGGAUUUUGCCACAGCUUUACAGGAUAACUGGCACCAUCCUCUUAAUGCCUCAGUUUCCCCACCCAUUACAUGGGAACAUUAAUGUCUUCCCCUCCCUACCUCAUGGGGAACGUUCAAUGAACUCAUGUGGGAAGUCGGGGGUGAUUCUAUGCAAAUGUGUGAAUUUUAGUAAUAGACUUGACUUUUAGUUCAUUACCCUGUGUCCCACCUCCCAUAGGCCAGGCCUCCCCCCAGAGUUUCUGCCUUGGAUCCAAAGCCCAAGAAUAGGCCAUUCUGGACCAUGAGCUCCUUAAAUCCCUUCUUAGCCUCUUGAGCUGGGCUGCAGUCUUUCUUCUUACCCUUCAGAAAGGAGGGUGCUCUUUAGGCAGGUUCACUGUGAUCCUUAGGACUGGAGGCCACUUUGAUUGGAGCUCAGCUUCUCCAAACCUGAAAUACAGUGGGAGAUAGAGGAGUUCAUGAUUCAGAAACCUGCUCUGAGGCCAUGAAGUGCUACUUUUCCAAAUCUCUUCAGUUUCUCUUGGGUAUUUAGGGAAAGGAGAAGGGCCCAGCUGAGGGUAAAUGUUGGACCAUGCAGGCGUGUAUCUCCACAUGUGUGUAUGUGAUCACCUUCAUCACCAUUCCUAAUAAAUUUCUGCUCCAAGUCCGAGCAUGCCCGGAAGUAAAGGGUUUGUGGAGCACUGGGCUCUCCAGGGACUCUGGUUGCCGUAGCAACCUUCCAGACUGUUCUCUCUAUUUUCUGAUUUGGGCAGCAAGGGAGACCGGGAGACUACAUAUCCCCAGCUUCUGAAGUGGGAGCACCUCCCCCACACUGGGCCAGGGACUGGGAGCGCCCGGACAGGGAUGUGUGACCUUUGAAAAAGCAGGUCCCUACAACUUCUGCCUGGACCUUUCUUCCCGGUUUCCCCACCCAGACAUGGAAGCUGCCUCAUUUCACCUCUGAUUCUUCAAAGAAACUUGAAUCCUAAGUAACUGCCAGUUAAACCAAUGUCAAUAUGAUCUUUUUCAAAUGACAAGGGGAGCGUUGCAGGGGACUUGAUCCUCAGGAAGCCACCUGGGCCUCGAGAAGUCCUAGUGGUUUCAGUCCACCCUAGCACCAGGAACUUUCCAUCUCCUAGGAGAGAGGCUCCUCCCAGCUCUGAGCGAUGGAGGGAAGCGACAAUUCUUCCCCACCAGGGAACAGUCUAGCUCCUGGGAGGAACUUCAUAGGUGGCUCUUCUUAAGAUGUCGAAGAAAAACCGAGAGGCUGUGACCUGCCCUAGUUUCUGUGGAGGAUUUUGCCAAGUGAUCCCUCUCUGACUGGGCCUCUGUGCGGAUUUGUGCUCUGAGAACCAAGAGAACAGCACCCCAUGUUGCUGUGACAGCUGGGCUACGCUCUCACAGCUGCCGGCACAGGCCAGGACUCGGCCCGCAGAAGCUCCUGGAGGCUGUCCUGGACCUGUUAGGCUCCACAGAGACACAGGCUAGUCCUCCCGCCUGACUACCCCAGGAUGUGAGGGAGGUGCAGCUGGCCAUCUGUGCAUCUGAGAAGUUAUUGCAUAUGGAUAAAGCCAGAGGAAGCACUGGUUAUGUCCUUGUGACUCUAACGCCAGAUGGUCAGUGACACUUGGCUACAAGCAGGCUGCUGCCCCCGGAACCCAAGGCUUACAGGAAAAGGCUGGCACAGUGGUCCAAGCAAGGAUACCUACACGUAAGUCUGACAGCGGCUGGACAGAGGGCCUGGACCCUUGACUUCUUCAGAAGAUGGGAUCCCUUCUUAGGCGAUCUGGCCUGACACCCCUCCAUGGCCUCCAACAGUAGUGACAGACUACAAAAAGCUGAGCCCAAGCCCGCCAGUGUUAAAGAUGGCCCAGAAUUUUGGAGUGAGGUUGUAUGGGGAAGUGAAGCUGGUGGUGUGGGCAAGAGACCAGGUACGGGGAGGUCAGAGGUCAAGGGAUGCCAGAAAGUGCAUGCCACAGACCCAUCCAGGAAAAAAGUGGCCAUGGAAGGCUAACAAAUAAAUAUAUGGCAAAGUC